AUGCUCGAUGAGCAUGGCAACAUCAAACAUAGAGAUCCCCGAUACAAUCUAUUGCACUCGGCACUGAAUUGGAAGCACGAGCAUGGCUACGAAUGCAUACACGACAAGGUCAUGCAACGCCAGCGAAGGGGCGGCUCAAAACAGACGACUGUACAAUCAUCAGAUGAACCACUAUAUCCACUCGAUAAUCCUGGUGUCCCACUGGUUGAAGAUAGCAUCGACAGCAGCCGCAGCCACAACUACAUCGACGACGACAGCAGCAGCGACUACAGCAGCGACGACGACUACAGCAAUAGCAACGAUGACCUCACUCCCGAGAGUGUCGUCCUCAAGAAGGGCAACAAACUGAGAGGUGUUGGCCAAACAAGGCCGUUAGUAGCCAUCCCUCGUCUACCAAUACGCAUACUCUUCAACACUACAUAUGUCUAUGGCAGGAGGGACUCGUUCGCCUGUCACAACAUCAGUCAGCUGGUGUUCACAUCGUCAGGUGACAGUGCGGCGACGCCCCAGACUCAACAGUGCGAUGGCACUGGCACUCAAUCAUCGUGCUUCUACCUGUGCCAAGCGCAGGACUUGCUGACGAGCGACCUGUCACGACUGAUUGAAGGCUAUAUCCUGCCAUCAAUCAACCAGGUCUUCUCCGACAUGAUCUUGGUGGAUCGUCUCGACAGGCUGGUGUUCAAUGCAGAGGUGUAUAAAGAGAAUGGAGGUGAGUGCGACUAUGGCAUUCCAAUACCCGAGUCCUACACCACAUACACUGGCGCCAUUGAAGGUUACGACAUGGUCGUAUGGGUGACAGCCCGUCCAACAGUAUCUAAUUCAACAAUCGCAUAUGCCAUACCAUGCAACUAUCCAAAGAGCAAGAGUGGAGUGUUUGGCAGACCAGUUGGAGCGAAUAUCAACUUCAAUCCAAUAUACUUCACGAGGUUCGUUGGCUCUGCAAACACUUCCUUCACAUUCAAUGAGUUUAUCCGUGUUGGAAUUCACGAGAUGACCCAUGCAUUGGGCUUCAGCUCAACCUUCUACAACUCAUACGUCUACAACAAUAAUCCUUAUACAUCUGUCGCGAUCGUUACAAGGACAGGAUCAACACCGAGCGGUGCAUCGUACACUUACCGCAAAUCGGCAAUAACUUCACAGGCAGUGGUCAGCUUCGUUCAGAAUCACUUCAACUGCAAAACAUUGGAUUACGCAGAGCUCGAGGAUGCAGGAUCGACAGCCACCGCAGGCAGCCACUGGGAGAAGAGAAUGGCGGGCGAGGAGUACAUGAUUGGAUUCGUGUCUCCAAUAGCGCCAAUCACCAAUCUUACAUUGUCACUGCUGCAGGACACUGGAUGGUACUCGAUCAACAGCACGGAGGCCGACGCAUUGAUAUGGGGCAAGAACACUGGAUGCGACUUUGUCGACAACUGCUACUCAGACACAUGGAACUAUCAAGGCUACUUCUGUUCGAGGACAGGCGACCUGUCAUGCACUGCCACGCGAAUGGGCAAGGGCAUCUGCGGAAUCUACAGCUACAGCAACAGUUUGCCCGGACAGUUCCAGCACUUCAAGUCACAGAACGUUGGAGGACAGGACUACGUCUCGGACUACUGUCCCUACUAUCAGAUCUACGACAAUGUGCCAAACACGUACUAUUGCGUCGACCAGGACAACCAGGCCAGCGCCAACAUCAGAAUAUUCGAGAGCUAUGGAGUCAACAGUCGAUGUUUCGAGUACAACAUAUCCAGCACAAAGACAGGCAUGGCCUGUUGGGAACAAAGAUGCAAUGGAACCAAUGUCCAGAUUAAGAUUGGAUCGAUUUGGGUCCAGUGUGAUGUACCAGGUGCACAGAUGACAGUGAAUGGAGUCAAUCUGAUAUGUCCACAAGGCUUUGCCGAGUGUGGUGGAGUGCCAGUCCCGAUCAAAGUUCAGCAAUAUUCGGCCUCUUCAUCACACAUGUCACUGCCGUCAACCAGACUACCAACAAUGCUACUGUUACUAGCUUUGGCAUUACUGUAUAUCGCGUCUUAG